AUGGCGAUCUUCGACGUUUGGCACGACUUUUGGGAAGUGCUCGAGUACGUGACUGAUACCAUGACUGCAGCAUCCGAGGAUGAAGAUACAGGUGUGAAAGCGCCAUUUCCGAAGCGGGAGCACGUCGAGAUGGGAGGAUACCCGCAAUCAACCUUUGCCCUUACCGUUAUAACGAAGUGGCCAUCAAACAAAUUCAUCAACGGCCAGCAAGUGGGUGACGGCGGCCAGUCCUCUAUCGAGGCCCCACAGGAGUGGUUCCUCAAUUUGCAACCUAGGUCUACAAACUUUGAGCGCAUGUCCCUCCAUCCUACCAACCAGCUGCUCCAUGAACAUCUUGUCCUCUUUUUGAGCACGGCAAAAGCUUUGAAGUCAUUUGAAUACCAUAUUGGGCAUGAUCGGUCUUCGAGACCUGUAUCGACGUCCGACAUUAGCCGGGUGCUGGACCAGCAAAAAGAAACGCUGAAGUCGGUCGUGUUAUACAUUUCUCCAAUUGCACUCAAUGAAGGGUCGACAUAUUUGCCUAUGAACUUUAAGGAAUACUCUGCCUUGACAGUCUUGAGCAUCUCUUUUGGCUUCCUUUUCAGAUUCUCUACGUUAAGUAUUGACACCCAUCAGUUUGACGUCUCAGCCGCGCAAAAUCAUAUUUUCGAUGAAUUACCAGUGUCGCUAGGAAUCCUCGAGAUAUUGCAGUGCGGUCCCAGGGCCGUAGAAGCUGCGACGUCAGCGGUGGGUGCGGUAUUCAGAAUGAAAGAGAAGAGGUGGCCGAGGCUGGAUAAGGUGGGAAUUGCAGUUGAUGGAAUGGCAUGGCAAACCCUGAAGAAGAUGCGGGAGGAGCUACAAGCGGAGGGUGAGGCAUAUGGGGUCACGUACACAGCGAUGAAAUGGAGAACGCUACUAGGAGAUCCGAGAGGGGAUACGAGCGACGACGACGACGACGACGAUCAAGAGAACGAGAAUAUCCACGAGUACUCUGAGGGAGCGACAGAGACGCAGAUGAGUACGAAGAAGAGGAUAGCGAAGAGGAUAGCGAAGAGGAUAGCGAAGAGGAUAGCGAAGAGGAUAGCGAAGAGGAUAGCGAAGAGGAUAGCGAAGAGGAUAGCGAAGAGGACAGCGAAGACGAAUGAAGGAACGGCCACCAGUUCUUUCCAGGAGCUAGAGGGAUCUCAGAAUCAAACGUUACUCGACACCGCUGACUACCGAAGCUUGCAUGUGCAUAUUUCAACUCAUAAAAUCCUUUGUCCACAACAUUACAAGGCUUCUGCGUCAACUGUCCCUCGUUCACACGAUCCACUUUCGCGCCGAGUCCACUUCUUCGCCAAAAAUUUUCUCGCAUCCCAUUAA